CAUCAUCAUAAUCGUCAAGCGCGCGUGGAAAGCGCGGAUUCCGAGCUCACUUGUUUGCGCAUAUGAGAUAUGAGAACCACAGUUGGUUCUUUAUUGUGUGGUGAGAACUGUGAGAGCGGUAGCUCAGUACCAUUCGUGUGUUCGUAAACUGCAGCAGGCAUCAUGCCUGGGCAAAGACAAAUAUCGGCGUUCUUUAAGCCUCUGGCAACGCCACCCAAGCAACCCAAGCGUCUGCUUUCCACCGAAGAUGCGGUACGUCACGAGCAACCAAUAAAAAAACUCAGAUCCGAAAGUAGUCCUGAGAACAAGACAGUUUCCCUUGCCAUUGACAUAGAAAAGAAGCGGCUUAUGGCCAAAGUCAAGCUCCAGUCUCGUGCGACUCCUAUUGUUCCGGCUGACAUAGGUUUAUCUUGGUUUGGCGCCCUUGAGCAAGAAUUCACGAAAGAAUAUUUUGUUAAGCUCAAUGGUUUCGUGCAAGAAGAGCGAAGAAAAUUUACUGUGUACCCUUCACAUGAAAAUGUCUUCAGCUGGACAAAGUCUUGUGAGGUGAACAAGGUGAGAGUUGUCAUCCUUGGACAAGACCCUUACCACAACCCAGGCCAAGCUCAUGGCCUUGCAUUCAGUGUACCCAAAGGUGUCGCCAUUCCUAUGAGCCUUCUGAACAUGUACAAGGAGCUAGCGAAUGAUAUUCCUGGCUUUCAGCAGCCUUCACAUGGCAACUUAACUGGAUGGGCACAGCAAGGUGUGCUGCUGCUCAAUGCUUGUCUGACAGUACGUAUGAACACGCCAAACUCGCACAAGGAUCGAGGCUGGGAAAAUCUCACUGAUGCUGUUAUUCGUCACCUCAACAAGCAGUGCAGCAACCUGGUUUUCUUACUCUGGGGUGCCUAUGCUCAGAAGAAAGGUUCCAUCAUUGAUCGGAAGAAACACCAGGUUCUUCAGUGUGCUCAUCCAUCACCACUGUCAGCUUCACGAGGCUUUUUUGGCUGCUGCCACUUUUCUAAGGCCAAUGAAUACCUGACAAAGCACCACAAGCAACCAAUUGACUGGAGCUGUUUGCCUUGACUUGUACUGAGUGAUUCUUGCCAUGGAAGAACUCAAGAAUGAAAAUUUCUAUUUCUGUGAUACAAGCAUUUAACCAUCUUUUCAUUUAUAUUCUGUUCACUAGUGCAAGAAACUGUGUCAUUUGCAUCUUCGAGCUUGUUUACAUGUGUUAUUGCCCACAGCAACAAAUACAUCACGAAAAUGUUCUGUCUAGAGUGUGAGAAGUGCCAAAGAUACCUGUGCAUUAUUUCCAAGUGUGGCGACAGCUUUUAUGCAGAGCAAUGUUUUUAAAAAAAAUUUGCCUUGUGCAAAAAUGUCAUUUUACUGGUGUUUUGUUCUUGAAAAUUCUUAUCCUUUCUUACAUGCCUGGUCGGCCAUCAUGUAUCACAGAAAUCUUUUGAUUAUUUCACUUAAUUUUCUUAUUGCAUGUGUAGCCAUUCAAAACCAGUUUUACAAUGCAACUUGAAGAGCAGCAUUUUUUAUCAAGUUAAUGUAGCCUGUUCAUUUGUGCUGCAAAAAAUUAAUGCUCAAUAAAAGCUUCAAAUAAUGA